CAACCUGGACCUUGUGCUGGGCGGGGCGGUCCAGUCCGUCCCCAGCGCCUCCCGCAGGAGAGACCCGCCCCGCUGCUCGGCGCUGUACCCGGAGCCGGGCCCCUGCGACCGAUAGUGCGCGGGGGAGAGCCCGAGCCCGUCCCGUGCGCCGGCAGCGAGCCCGCUCUUGGCAGGUAAAUCCCAGGGACUCACUGUUUGUGGAAGUGGCCUGUGUUAUUAAGGAAGACUAGUGUCACAACAGACUUGCUGGACUAAUGUGAGCGGUAGAAGGAUGGAUUUCACAGAGGCCUAUUCUGAUAGAUGCUCGAGUGUUGGACUUGCAGCUAGAGAAGGAAAUGUCAAAAGUCUGAGGAAACUGAUUAAACAGGGAUACAGCAUUGAUGUUCCUGAUAACAGAGGCUGGAUGCCAAUCCAUGAAGCAGCAUUUCACAACUCCAGUGAAUGUCUGAAGCUGUUAAUUAAUGCAGCUCCAUCUGAUAACUACACAAAAUCCAAGACAUUUGCAGGUACAUGUGCAUUACAUCUUUCUGCAAAUCAUGGAUGUUUGGAAAGCGUCAAAGUUCUCUUGGAGGCAGGAGCUGAGACCAAUGAGGUUACUUAUGAAGAAACUACUCCACUAUUCUUAGCUGUAGAAAAUGGACAUGCAGACAUUAUAAAGCUUCUACUCCAACACGGAGCAAAUAUUAAUGGAUCCCAUUCUUGGUCUGGAUGGAAUUCUUUGCACCAAGCUUCUUUUCAGGGACAUACUGAAAUAAUACAUUUGCUUCUUGAAAAAGGAGCAAACAAGGAAUGUGUGGAUGACUUUGGAAUCACACCUUUGUUCAUUGCUGCUCAGUAUGGGAAGCUGGAGAGUUUGCAAACACUUAUAUCACAUGGUGCAAAUAUCAACUGUCAAGCCAAGGACAAAGCCACUCCAUUAUUCAUUGCUGCACAGGAAGGCCAUGCCGAGUGUGUCGAACUAUUGUUAUUGAAAGGGGCCGAUCCUAAUCUCUACUGUAAUGAGGAGGAAUGGCAGCUGCCUAUUCAUGCAGCAGCCCAAAUGGGUCACAGGAAUUUUAAAUGUUACAGCAUAUUGGGACUGCUAAUACCUGUUACUGAUCGGACCUGUGACACAGGGAAAGACAAAGUGAGUCCUGUCUAUUCAGCAGUUUAUGGUGGUAAUGAAGAGUGCUUGGAAUUGUUACUUAAAGAAGGCUACUGUCCGGAUGCUCAGAAGUGCCUAAUCUUUGGCUGCAUAUCACCUAUGUGUAUGGUUUUCCAAAAGAACUUUUAUGGUUUAAUUCCUAUUCUUCUGAAGUAUGGGAUCCACCUACUUGGGAUUAAUUUAGGAUACUGCCUGCACCACAAAAAGUUUUCUUGGUUUCGACACUUCUUGAAAGUGGGCUGCCCAAUGCCUUCUGGGGAACACUCACUAGAGUUUACAAAAUAUGCCGUUAAAGCACAGGAACAGUACAAGGAGUGGCUACCAUAUCUGUUGUUGGCUGGAUUUAAUCCACUGAAUCUCCUGUGCAGAUUGUGGAUUUAUUCUGUGAAUGAUGACCUCCUUAAUUUCACACUGGAGUUUACUAACUGGAAAAGGCUUCCUACAGCUAUAGAACAAAAUCUCUCUGACCACAAGGAAACCUCCACCUGGGUUCCACAUCGCCAUUUUGCCUUUAUCCCUUCCUUGGCUCACCUUUGUCGUCUUGAGAUCCGGUAUAUUUUAAAAAACGAACACCUACAAUCUGACCAAUUUAUACGCAAGUUGCCAUUGCCCACUUGUCUACAGGACUAUUUGCUGUACUUAGAUAUAUUGAGAAUAAAUGGCAUUCCAGGACUGGUGGAUGUUCAGGGUGAAUGAAAUGAAGGAACAUUUUACUCAACUCAAGCCAGUUCAGAAGACCCCAAGAAGGGCAGCAUAUGGUGCUGAUGCUUGAUGGUCCAACUGCCUGAGAUUGUACCCAAGUGGUGUAGACUUUAUGAAUGUCAAUUAGCAAACAACACAAGACAGCUACUAUAUCUGCAUAUUUGUUAGUCAAAUAAAGGUGUUUUUCACACUGCAGUUUUAUAUUUUAAUUAUAAGUAUGUUACUAGUUCUGAUCUCAACUACCUAGAAAGCUUUUAAAAAAUGUGCUCUAGUCCCUUCAUUUCUAUUGUUUAUUUCAAAUGAAAAUUCCUUCUUCUUAUUCAGAAAAAUCAACCUGUUGGUAAACAGUUUCUAGAUUGCUAGCUCUGUUGGUCACUAAAUGAAUGUGAAAAAUCCCAUUCUAGAUACUAUACCUACAAAACAAAAUAUGUAUUAAAGUAAAAAAAUAUAAAUUGAGUAUUCUCUAUUUGUAUGUUGAGAAAUGGCCUAGGUGAACCAGACAAAAUCACAAUGUCCACAAGAAAAGUGCUUGUUGAGGUAGAUCUGUUUUUGUGUUAAUGGACAAUAAUCUGUUUUAAUUUGUAUGAAUUAAUGGGUGUAUUAUUAGUUGCUUCUAUUCUGCCUUCCAUUAAAGUGUCUUAAAAUAUUCAUUUUAUUAUAAAAAUAUACAUAAUAGUUUAUUUGAAGAACACUAAUACUUCUUCCCUCUCAACUUUAAAGAUAUGAAAAUGUUGGUACAGUACUUAACAGAUGUUUAUGCAUAUAAUUGAUAACAGGAAUAAAAACACUAUUCAGAUUAGUGUUUGAACAGCAGAGACAACAGUGCUCUUUGAAAUUAUGUUGUAGUAGAAUGGAAAUGAUGCAAUAAUUCCAACUGCAAUCUUUACAUUCAUGGACUAUUUUUUUCUAGUUCCUUAGAAAUUAGAGUACAAAAGGAAUUCAGGCCCAAUAUGAGUGUGAUGAGUUGUCCUAAUUAUUUUAAUUAUCAGGAGGUUAAGUGCUUACGUGUUCAAUGAUCCCCUAGCUGCUGAUGGCAAAGAGAAGUUUAAUCUACUGAAUGUAUUUAUAAUUUCUCUAAUUACAGAGUAUACACAUUCUCUGUUUUGGUUGUAAAUGACUUGAGUUCUGGUCCUGUUUGGAUAUUCCUGGAGAUGGAAUGUCUGUUCUUGUUGGCUAUCUUCAUUUCUGCUUUUUUGUUACAAGUCCCAACUAUGUAUCUAGAGCUGACCAUGGUCAAGAAUGCAAACAAUGGUGGAUAUUAUAGCUUACAUUUAAAAAAAAAAUUAUUGCUGAGUUGGAAAAAAUAGCUCUCCUUCAUAAAUGGAAAUGCAAACCAUAAACAUGAAUGAGAGUAAUAUACUCAAGUUCCUUCUUGCCUUCAGAAGAUCUUAUUAGCUUAGAUACCUUUAUUUCCAAAUGAGGUUUGUACUGACAGGAAUUUGUUAACACUAUGUAGAAAUGUGUCUGUGUACUGUGCUGUACCAGAGUGCAUCUGUACAUUGUCAAUAUACAAUGCUAAUGAUGUAAUCAUUGGCAUUGCCUAUAUUGUCCAUGUGUUAUCAACUCUUUUGUCUGAUUUAAUAAACAGUUUAAGAAUCUU